UAUGUAUCAUUUCCUAGUAUCUGGCUUCUGGGCUUUCUUGGAAACAUAAUAUCUGCGAUCAGUACACUCAGAAGAAAAUAAUUGAAUUUGGACAUAAUUAGGAAAGUUCACAGCUCAGGAAAGAUGGGUGAGGAAGUAGUGACAUAGGAAGCUGACUUCAAUCGGGGAUGCUCUUAGGAAGCAGGAACACAAGCUGAAGCCUUAUUCUGGACAGUUGCAGUUAAGAAGGUGGUGAGAAUAAACGCAUCUGCUUUCCUUCCAGCUGAACAGCCCCCAGCGGUCCACCAUGAUAUACUUCAUUUUCCUUGCUGUGGGACUAUACUUGGAAAAUGAAUCCACUUCCCAAACCACUGAUUGCACGUACUUAAGAGAGCUCUGCCUAAAUGAUACAGAUGGAUGUAAACAGGCCUGGAGAAUAAUGGAAGAUGCCUGCAAUGUUUCAGAUCCAGGCAACACCUGCCAGAUGAAGGAUUCAUCCAGCUGUAACCAGAGCAUCCAGUCCUUAGCAGAAAGCAAUUUCCAAUUUAAAGAUUGUCUCUGCUCCGAUGACCUCUAUUGUACUGUUAACAACUUGAUUGGAAAAAAAUGCACCAACGAAUCAGAUAACAUGAAGGAGGAUGGUGUAUUUAAGCGGAAUCUGACAGCUCCUUCCUAUCAUGGAAUCAGGGGGAUCCAGUCCUGUUUGGAAGUGGCAGAGGCAUGUGUGCGGGACACAGUCUGCAAUGCACAGUUGGCCCUUUACCUGAAAGCUUGCUCAGCAAAUGGGAAUCUGUGUGAUGUGAAACACUGCCAAGCAGCCAUACGGUUCUUCUAUCAAAAUAUGCCUUUUAACGUUGCCCAGAUGUUGGCUUUUUGUGACUGUGCUCCAUCUGAUAUACCUUGUCAGCAGUCCAAAGAAGCUCUUCACAGCAAGCCAUGUGCACUGAACAGAGUUCCAGCCCCGACCUGCCUCGAUGUAAUUCGCAGCUGCCAAAAUGAUGAAUUAUGCAGGAGGCGCUAUAGAAUAUUCCAGGCAAAAUGCUGGCAGCACGUGACAGCAAAGUGCCAUGACGAUGAGACCUGCAUCAGUACCUUAAAUAAGCAGGACUUCACUUGCUCCAGAAGUGAUGACUGCAAAGCAGCUUACAUGGGUACCCUCGGGACUGCCCUUCAAGGGCAGUGCACCUGUAGGACCACCACCCAAAGUGAAGAAUCUUUGUGCAAGAUUUUCCAGCAUAUGCUUCAUGGAAAAUCAUGUUUCAAUUAUCCAACCCUGUCUAAUGUCAAAGGCAUUGCAUUGCAUAAAAGAAAACAUGCAAAGGAAAUAUCCCUCAGUGGAUUUCAGUCCCCCUUCAACGGAGAAGUAAUCUAUGCUGUCAUGUGCAUGACAGUCACCUGUGGAAUCCUUCUCUUGGUCAUGUUCAAGCUUAGAAACUUCAGAAUAUCAAGUCAAACAAGAGAUCCUUCACCAAUCCAAAUACCUGGAGAACCCAUGAUUCAUUAAGAGUCACGGAUGGUUAACGGUCCCUGUCUUUAGAGCAAGACUUCGUAGCCUGUCAACAGAAUAUCCUCUUCAUCAGAUAUCUUCAGAAUAUCCUCGUCAGUGAGGAAAAGCUUAAAAUGGAUUUAAUGAUACUGGACCACUAAGUAUAUUAAUGUAAGGUAUAAAAAUUUGGUCUGAUGUUAGAUUUAUUUUUUCAUAAGAAAAUAUUCACAUAUAAAUAUACAAUGGUAUCUUUUAUAAUACUAGUACAGAAUUACCCUUGAAGGAAAAAGAAUGAUUCUAAGUUCUACUCUGCAUGGUUUGUUUCAUAGUAAAUCUGAAUCCAUGUAAGAUUAAUUGGUUGCAUCAAACUAUGGUAUUUCACAGUUCACAGAGUUUUUUUUUUUUGGAUCAGUUUUAUAAAUUCCUAUGAACUUACCAAAAGGAAAAUGCAAAUUAAAAAAUCUAGUGUAUUUGUUAUUUGUAUAUCCAUUUCCAAAUCAUCAACUAAGUCAUUAGCAUUGACUUUAAGUUUCUAAAUAUAUUUGAUUAGAUGAAAGUCUUAAAAUCCAGAAGUGAUAUCUUUGGAUUUUUUUAAUUUGAAUACUGUUGAAAUUUAAACACCCCCCGCCUCUUUUUGGCCAUACCCACAGUUCCCAGGCCAGGGAACAAACCCAAGCCACAGCUAUGACUGACCUAUGCCACAGUUGCGGCAACACCAGAUCCUUAACCCACUGUGCCACGGCAGGAACUCCAUUUAUUAUUUCAUUCUAUAAAGAUGUAAAGCAACUACACUGGCUGAAAAAUCAAUGUGCUUUUCAAUGAUAUAUUUCAUUUGUAAAUUUAACUUUUUCUAUGCUAAAUAUUAUGAACUUCUGCAAUAACAAAGUAACAUCAUAAUUGUUACUUUCUAUAUUAUAUCUGUAGUUACUUUUGCCCUAAUUUGACAACAGAAGGUAAUUGUGAAUAGAAAAUUGUGGAAAAGAUGUUUAGUUUUUGAUACAUAUGUGCUUUUUGAUUGUCUGCAAUCACAUUAGUAUCCAUCGCUAAGAAUAAACAUGAGUGUGUUUUACCUGCAGUGACACAGAGGCUCAAAUAUUCAGGAACAGGAAUAAUCAGUAAUGUAUCUAUAAUUCAAGGUCAAACAUUUUCUACUUGUUUGGUGCCAUAUCUAUUGUUGUUCACUAUACAUGCCUAUAUUAAAUUAAAUCUGAAGUUAGUAUUUGACUACAUUUAUUUGGAAUAAUGGAAAAGCUAUUCUUUAUCUUUUAAAAGGGGAAGAAUAAUUCGAUGAGGUACAAAUCUCCUUUCAGAAUCUCUCCAGAUUCCUGUGGCUGUUACUCUCUUAGUUAUAUGAAGAGAAUGAAGGCAUUUCCAUCACCAAGUCACUGCCAUUUAAUGCAGACUUCUUCAUGCCUGGGAAAAGAACUGUUAUCUAGAAAACUGAGGGAGGAAGUCAGGUUGCUUUUAGAAAUGUUUGUAUUGGAAGUUUCUGUUGUGGCUCAGUGGUAAUGAGACCAACUUAUAUCCAUGAGGAUGUGGGUUCCAUCCCUGGCCUCACUCAGUGAGUUGAGGAUCUGGUGUUGCCAUGAGCUGCA